ACGAGGCUGGUCUAGUGUGAUUUACCUCUUCCAUGUGGAUUACGGAUUAUUACACUCAAAUAGAGUUUAUCCUCAACACAUCAAAAAAAUAACAACUGCAGUUUCCCGUUUAAAAAAAAAAGGAAAAAGAAAAAGGGACACUGCCGCAUAAAAUAAAAUAGAGGAAGUAUCCAAAAGCAAAUUUAUUCUCAGUUUCUUUACUGCAUGUGAAGCCACUUAAUAGAAAGUAUUCCCUCAAUGGUCUUACUAAUUCUGCUAUUUUGAGAUUCUUACAUAACAUACUCUUACCCACUUCACUUGUUCUUUUUUCUUGCUGAAACAACAAAGAUCACUAGCUUAGUUUUGUUCUGCUUUGGAAAGAUUGCACCAUCAGCUACUUAAUUUACUCUGAAGAAAUCAGUGAAUACUUUGACAAAUAUUUAGGUUCAGGUGCCGCGCAAAUUUUCAUACAAAUAUCCCAAUCCGAUUGAUCUUCUUCGGAGUCGAACUUUUGCUUGUCUUCAUAUUUCUCAGGAAUUUUGCAGACAAAAUGAUUGAAAGUGCAUUAGUUGAUACGGCUGUUGAGAUCCUAAUGAAGGGCUUGGUUGAAAAAGUUGAUGCUCAAGUUCACUAUGUCCUUGGAUUUGAACAUGAGUUUGAGGAGAUGAAGUCAGAGCUUGUAAGUUUGCAAUCAUACCUCGCUGACGUUGAUAGGCACAAAGAAAGGUACAACACUCUUGAAGCUGCCUCUUCUACACUACGGGAACUGAUUUAUAAAAUAGAUGAUUUGGUCAUUGACUGCCAAAACCGAGUAGAUUACGAGAAGAUGAAAGACAGUUGGUUAUCCUCUAUUUCUCUACGUGGACUGUAUUUCCGUAAUCAAGUUGGAAAGAAGUUGGUGGAGAUCAAUAAGGAAAUAGCAAAUAUGCGUCAAACUUUGAACAUUAUUCCCUCUGUGAUUGACCUAUAUAAAAGUGAAGAACUUGGUAGCAGUGGUAGUGGAAAGGUGCGAUGGACAUCAGACAUCAUCGAUGAAUCUCAGACCAUUGGCUUGGAUGAAGAUACUAGGACAUUGAAAAAGUGGAUCCUUCCUUGCAAUGGAUCUUUACAACUAAUUGGCAUUGUAGGGAUGGGAGGGUUGGGCAAAACCACACUUGCCCAAAAGAUUUACAACGACAGAGAAGUGUGUUCACGCUUUAACUUGAAAAUUUGGGUUUGUAAAUCAAAUUUUGGUGAGCUUGAGAUCAUGAAGAGUAUUCUGCAGCAACUCAAAAAGGACGAUCACGGGUCUGAUAGAAGUGUGUUGUUGAAGGGAAUUCAUGAAGCACUUUUGAACAAAAAAUACUUAAUUGUCAUGGAUGAUGUGUGGAGCAUUGAGGACGGCUGGUGGAAACAUAUCUUUGAAGGACUGCCGAAAACAGAGAAUCAGAGCAGCUGCAUCAUUGUUACAUCUAGAAACGAAGAAGUUGUUAAGAGAAUGGGAGUCGAGGAAGAACAAAUUCACCGGCCCAAGUUGCUUUCUGAUGAAGAGGGGUGGUUGUUGUUUAGCAAGGUCGCAUUCGCGUCAUCCAAGGGAAAAUGUAAGGAUCCUGAACUAAAACGUGUUGGAAAAGGCAUUCUGAAGAAAUGUGGUGGUCUUCCCCUAGCAAUCAAGACAAUUGGAGGUCUGUUGUCAUCGAAAUCUCAGUUGCGUUCUGUGUGGCAGGAUAUAGGUGAAGAUUUGCCUCAGGUAUUGGUAGAUGAAAGCAAGAGCUAUGAUUCUUUACUGGCUACACUGCAACGGAGUUAUGAUGAACUUCCGGUCAAGCUAAAACAGUGCAUUCUAUGUUUUGCAAUUUAUCCAGAGGAUUCUGAGAUAGAGGUUGAUCAACUAGCAAAUUGGUGGAUAGGAGAAGGUUUCAUUUACAAGAAAGGGAGAAAAAUUGCAAGAAAAAUGGCUCUUGAAUGCUUAUCAGAAUUGAUAAGUCGAUGCCUGGUUGAAGCGGUGAGGAAAAGAAACUAUGACGGGAGAGUUUAUAGUUGCAAGAUGCAUGACAUGAUUCGAGAAAUGAUAAUCAGAGUUGCAAAAAGAGAGAGCUUUAGCAGUUUAGAUGAUCAAAAUGCAAACAAAGCCUCAAUCCACUCUCGUCGUUUGGGCGUGACCAAUGAAACAUUGUUGCAACCCUUACAUGGAAACUCAAAGUUAAGGGCACUUCUUGUCACCAAAGCUAAUUGGAUUAUUGGCUUCACUAGGCAGGUUGCAUUGGCUCAAGUCAAGUCUCUCCGGGUUUUAGACCUCUCACACAUCAAGUUUGAGGAGAGUUCCCAAUUUUGUGAAGAGGAUAUAUGGCGGUGGAUCACAUCUUUGAGACGCUUAGCUUAUUUGGGUCUUCGAGAUGUGGAGAACUUGACCAAACUGCCACGAUCCAUCAAAAAGUUAUGGGGCCUCCAAGUUUUGGUGCUUGGUGAAUGCAAAGACCUAAAACAGCUCCCUAGAACAAUCACUGCUCUUCCAAAAUUGAUAGUCUUGGAUGUGGGGAAUUGUACCUCUCUUUCUUAUCUACCAUGAGGUCUCUCCAAACUCUCCCAUCUUCAAGAGUUGUAUGGCUUCAAGAUACCUAAUGCAACAACACCAAAUGCAUGUCACUUGCGUGACCUAAAGGAUCUGAGAGAACUUCGAGUAUUACAAUUGGAUGUCAUGGAGGGAAGCAUGAUAGAGGAAGACGAACUAACAGUACUCGAACAAUUUCAACAGCUAAGGAUGUUAACGGUUAAUGCCGGUAACCGUAAUGAUAAAGUUUUCUUAGAGAGCCUGGAGAAGUUGUCACCACCUGAAUCUCUCGAAGAAUUGUACCUAAUGCACUUCUGUGGACAUACUACCCCAUCAUGGAUAGCCCCUGAAAUGCUAGAUCGACUGCAAUAUCUUUGUAUCGAAGACUCCAAUGAGCUACAAUAUAUGAGCGACCACUUCAGGGGUAGUGACGAAAAUAAAUGGAAAAUAGAAGGUCUGUGCUUGAAAUACUUGCCAAAUCUAGAGGUGACAUGGGACGAAAUCAGAAGUGCAAUACCUGGGCUAAAGUAUGUCGAAGUAAGCCACUGCAACUCGCUGAAGUCAUUCACUUGUGCAGUUAAGAAUAUAGGAUUUUGGCGAAAACCAGAGGAAGAAAAUGAAGAGUCAGAUGCUGUUUCGCUCCUGGAAGAACACCAUCAAAGCCAUCACAAAGACGAAAUGAACUAGUCAAUUCACUAGAAUUAUCAUUCCAAGUCUAUCGGUAUUAUGUUUGUGCAAUUGUUUGCUGUCAUUUAUAUUGUUAUAACUGUUGUAUUAUGCAGUAUUUAUUUUGAUGCAUUUCUCAUUUGACUUUUAUUAUAUAACAAUAUUGUAAGUAGUUUCCGCUAGAAGGUUUCUGUUGUGGUAUUUAGCAUAUAGUCAUGUAUGUUUGGAAUAUUCAGUGUUGCAAUAACAUUUGAAAGUGGUUUGUUUGUAUUACU